GCUGCCUGCCGCAUCGUUUCAUCCACAACGCCGGAGAUGACUUGGGAGAUGCGGGACUGAGCCACCUCGAACUCGGAUAACAGGCCUCUGCAAUGCCAACAGGUGGUCAAGGCAACAUAAGUAUGCCUAUCGGCACUGCAGGCACUAGUACUGUGGUACGUCAGAAGGUGUGCUGCGGCAUGGAUCCCAGCAACACAAGGGUAACAGUGCUCAAGCUUCAAGCGCUCAGGCCCGACCCUCGUACGAGGCUGGCAUCUAUUCGGGCCCUCGAUUCCCUGUACAGUGUACGUACCAAGCACUGGAUGCUGGUGAUCACAGGUAAUGAUGGUCUGGCUUCCCGCACCAGAGAUAGUUUGCAGCGGUCUGAUUGCCACCUGCUAUUGCUACUGAGCGGUGUAGUGAGCACGCAAGAUAAUGAUGAGAUGAGCAACAACAUACCAUCUACCAUGCUAGGUCCAACGAGUGCUAAUGAACGUUCGCCCGAAGCGCAGCUGGCUGUUACUGUUGUACAAUCAAUAGUAGCAGGGACACGAAGCGAUGACGCACCCGACGCACUACGACCAACGCUACUGGCACAGUGGUCCGACAGUCGACCAUCUGCUGUCACUGCGACACUCAGGCGGCACCCCAAGCCCCGUGGUCAAACUUCAAGGUUCUCAUCACAUUAUGCAUGGCAUGCAGGACGAAGACAGUAGUGAAUAAUACACGAUGUAAGGUCAAUUGUCCUGCAAGACCAGGUAGCGGGAGACUGGUGCAAGGAAGUGUCGGGUAUCAAGCAAUCUGGGUAUAAACGUUUACAAAUCGAUAACCGCAGCCGCCUUCAUUGUCUCGACAACGCAGAUGCUGAGCCUCGUGCAGACUCUGUGAUGUUCUG